ACUGGGUCUCACUUCCAUUGACAGCUGAAAAGGUGGUGUUUCCUAAUCAGCAAAACCAUUUUUCGAGUCAAAGACAGAGACCAUCCUUCACGGAAAGAAAUGCAGGAGAGAAUAUAGGGAGAGAAAAAUCUUGAUUCUUGAGAGACAUCAAGGAAGAAGAUCGAGCAGAGAGAGAUUUUGUUGAUUGAUUGAAGGAUCAGAGAUGGCUUCCUCACCGGACCCUCCAAAUCCAAUCUCGAAACCCACUUCUUCAUCACUGAAAUCAUCGGCGUUAGCCAGUAAUCCAACCCCCACCAAAUCCACAUGGGUCCUCCCUUACAGGACCCAGACCCUUCACCAGUUGUACACCAUGGGCAAGAAACUCGGGCAAGGGCAGUUUGGUACAACCUAUCAAUGCACGGAGAACGCCUCGGGAAACCUCUAUGCCUGCAAGAGCAUCCCCAAGAAGAAGCUGUUCUGCAAGGAGGACUAUGAGGAUGUGUGGAGGGAGAUUCAGAUAAUGCACCAUUUAUCUGAGCACCCAAAUGUGGUGAGGAUAAAGGGCACCUAUGAGGAUGCGGUGAAUGUGCACAUAGUCAUGGAGCUGUGCGCGGGUGGGGAGUUGUUUGAUAGGAUUGUGGAGAAAGGGCAAUACAGCGAGAGAGAGGCUGCUAAGCUAAUCAAGACCAUUGUUGGGGUCGUCGAGGCUUGCCACUCUUUGGGGGUAAUGCAUAGAGAUCUCAAGCCAGAGAACUUCUUGUUCCUUAGCUCCAACGAGGAUGCUGCUCUCAAGGCCACUGAUUUUGGUCUUUCUGUUUUCUAUAAACCUGGGGAAACAUUCUCUGAUGUAGUUGGAAGCCCCUACUAUGUGGCACCAGAGGUUCUGUGCAAGCAUUAUGGACCUGAAUCAGAUGUAUGGAGUGCUGGGGUUAUCUUGUACAUAUUACUAAGUGGUGUCCCUCCUUUCUGGGCAGAAACUGAUGUGGGGAUUUUCCGCCAGAUAUUGCAAGGGAAACUAGAUUUGGAAUCUGAACCAUGGCCUGGAAUUUCAGAUAGUGCCAAAGAUUUGAUUCGUAAAAUGCUUGACCGGAAUCCGAAAAGGAGGUUGACAGCCCAUGAAGUCUUAUGCCACCCUUGGAUUGUGGAUGACAGUAUGGCCCCCGACAAGCCUCUUGACUCUGCAGUUCUUUCACGCUUGAAACAGUUCUCUGCAAUGAAUAAACUCAAAAAGAUGGCUUUACGUGUGAUCGCUGAGAGGCUAUCUGAAGAGGAGAUUGGUGGUCUGAAGCAGCUGUUCAAAAUGAUUGAUACAGACAACAGUGGAACUAUAACCUUUGAUGAGCUGAAAGAGGGAUUAAGACGAGUUGGAUCUGAAUUAAUGGAAUCGGAGAUCAAGGAUCUUAUGGAUGCUGCAGACGUUGACAACAGCGGGACAAUAGACUACGGAGAGUUUCUUGCUGCUACCCUACACUUGAACAAGCUAGAAAGAGAAGAAAAUCUAAUGUCCGCCUUCUCUUUCUUUGAUAGAGAUAGUAGUGGUUACAUAACCAUCGAUGAGCUUCAGCAAGCCUGCAAAGACUUUGGUCUAAGCGAGCUUAACCUUGAUGAAAUGAUCAGAGAAAUUGAUCAAGAUAACGACGGGCAAAUAGACUAUGGAGAAUUUGCAGCAAUGAUGAGGAAUGGCAAUGGGGGCGUCGGAAGAAGAACCAUGCGAAACACACUCAAUUUGAGAGAAGCCCUGGGACAACUUGUAAUACCGGAGCAUGAGGAGAGUAAUGAAUGAACAAAUUUUCAGAUAGUUUCCAAUUUCAUCAUAAUUGGGGACUGGAGUUGAGACUAGAAGGUUUAACCUUAAGCUUUCAUGUUGAGGGAGGGAGGGAGGCUCUCUUCAUUUUCUUGCUUUUUGGAUGGGCUGCUACUCUACUCUUCUAUAUAUAUAUUCUCAGCCUUCAAUACUUUGCCAUAUUCCAUUUGUAUGGGAAUUUUGUGGAUACUCUUUAUCUAUUGUUUAAUGUUCUCUACUGACUUCAA